AUGAAGUUCUUUCUUUCCUCCCUUUCAUUGGCUACCCUGCUUGUUUUGCCCAAUGGUUCGAACGCCUUUACACUUUUUCCAAACCAGCCUUCCGUCAAUACGAGGGGUACUCCUCUGUUCAUGAAAGUUGGUGUCUUUUUUGGAACCAGCACUGGAAACACGGAAGAGUGUGCCGAAAAGAUUGCCGAGAAAUUGGGCGCCGAAGGUCCUUUCAUGUCGAUGACGGAGAUUCGAUUGUGGAGACCUUCCGAAAGUAUGAUGCCUGGUUGUUGGUACCCCCACUUGGAAUACAGGCGCCGAUACCGAGCGAUCCGGAACGGGAUGGGACGAACUCUACUAUGGCAGCAUGGAGGGUAUGUUAGCACCGAGGGAUACCUUCACGACGAUAGCAAGGCCAUUCGAGGUGGAGACAAAUUUUGUGGAUUGCUGUUGGAUAUGGUCAACCAGGAAGAACUGACCGACGAACGAAUCGACAAUUGGAUUGCACAGCUUGGCUCGGAAGGAUUCUUGGAGGGUGAAGGUGAUGCCGUUCAAGAUGCCGUGGUCAUUGAAGCGGCUGCUGUAAUGCCUGAUACUCCUCCCACAACGGGCACCAUGGAAAACUUGGAGCAGUUGGAGAAAACUCGUCACUUUUGGAUCAGUCCAUCGCAUCUCACGACACUGGCUUCAAACCACACACAAACCAAUCACUGGAAAGACCAUGUGGACAUCUGGGAUGGAACAAAGUGCUUCAUACCGAGGGAACAACUGCCACUGCAACCAAACAAUCCACCACGUUUUCCGCUUAGAAGAACGAAGCAUUGGAAUGAUUCAAUCUUCGUUAUCCAUACCGGUAAAAGUGGGUCCUUUGCUUGCAUGCGUUGGAAGUGA